CAGAAAGGUGCGGAAUCCACUGAGCUGAGCCUUUCUUUAGUAUAUAAAAAGAAAGACCCGAUUUCUGGGCCCAAUUGAAAGCCGUUAUUCUUUUUAUCUCCCUCUCUCUCGCUCUCCCGUCCCUGUCCCCUGUCCUGAAGUGUUUCCUCUCUCCUCUUCAUUCUUUUUCUCCCAUUCUUUGUUCAUCUCAUCAGGCCCCUCUUUUCUUCAUCCCAACUCAUUCAUGGACGUCUACUCACUCACCAAGAAACAACGGCCCACGCAUCUCACAAAAGGAGAACUGGACAAGAACAUCAGCGCCGGAACCAUGGCUCCGUCGCAGAGCAACCAGUCUUCGCAGUUGCCACCGGAAUAUCAUCAAGCGCUUCUGGACCAACAGCAGCGACAGCAACAACAACAACAACCACAACAGCAACAAGCCGCUGUUUUGGGUGCACCCCCAACCCUGCAGGACAUUGAAAAUAAGCACUCGCAACUUCCGCCGCAGUAUAGACAGGCCGUGCUCGAGCAACAACAACGGGAACACCAACAACGAAUACUACAGCAGCAACAGCAACAGCAACGGCAACAGCAACAGCAACAGCAACAGCAACAGCAACAGCAACAGCAACAGCAACAGCAACAGCAACAGCAACAGCAACAGCAACAGCAACAGCAACAGCAACAGCAACAGCAACAGCAACAGCAACAGCAACAACAGAGCUCUCCGAAACAUGAUACGCACAGGCAAUUCCGCUCGGCUUCAGUCACCUCUUCUCCGAACGGAAGCACGACUCAGAAUGGUACCGGAAAUGGCGUCCGACGAGGCUCCGUAAACUCGAGCCACCAACGGAUUACUUCCAUAUCGAAUCGUCCAUCCCGCAGCAGCACCUUUUCUUCAGACGCAAAUCAAGGACCCAGCCGUGCCCAUUGGAAGCCCGACAGCAGCACCCAGGUUUGCACAUGGCCUGGAUGUCUCCGUGAGUUUGGCUUCUUUGACCGAAGACAUCAUUGCAGGAAAUGCGGCGAUAUCUUUUGCAGUGCUCAUUGCUCAAAGGCGAUCCCCCUUGACCAGGCGCUGGACUUUAAUCCUGCUAUGGGUGUGAUGAGCAGGGCGUGCAUAGGCUGUUAUGAGGCCUAUGAGCAGUGGGUCGGCUUUGAUCCGGCGCCAUCCUCCUCAACAAACAGCACCGUCAGGGGUGCAUUCGGCUCUGUCUCUGACGGCCAGAUCACAACUGACAGCAAGGCUGCCGGGUCGUUGCCCCAUGAAAACACCGGGAAAUCAGAAGGACUCUCUAGCGAGGCCCUGGGUCGUGAUGAUAUUGUACGGCUCCCGAAAUCGGCCUCAGACAACAUUGCCAUCAAAACUAAACCUGUUCCAGAUACGACUGUGAUGCCCAUGCCCUCGGUCCCACAUGACUGGUCUUGGAGCACUUUCUAAACGGAAUCCUCAAAUUACAUAGGUCCUCAUAAUGCCAUUCUACUCUCAUACUCCUUCCAGUGCGGCACCAUCCAUCUAUAGCAUUACUGUUGUCGGCUGUUUUCAAUAUUACACUCAAUAAUAACCAAUCCGCUUUCAAAUCACAUUCAAAACGUUCAACUUUUGCACCAAAAU